GAUGCGAAAGGACAAAAUGAAUGCCUCAGCGGCAGUAAGGGGGAAAUGCUUGGCGUGGGCGGCUCGUAUCCUGGGAAAGGAAGAACACUGUUCGAUGGCGAACCAACCAGGAAGAUACGAUAUAUAUCAUAUAUACAUUAGAAGAAAGCCAUCAUGAGCCAUGGAUGUUGACGCCGUGCUGCGUGCUCUGAAGGCCGUCUUCCUCUCCGUCGUCACCUGUCUUCUCCUGCCCCUCUACCCCUGCUUCAUCGUCAAGUUCGCGGCCGAGAAGGCUGCUGACGAGCGCAGGGCGGAGGGGCUCAUGCAGCCCAUCGUUGGCCUGACGCUGGCAGAGAGUGAGGGCACAGACCGAAAAGGGGGAGGAGGAGGAGGAGGAGGAGGAGAAGAAGAAGGCAGAAGAAGAAGACGAAGAAAAAGAAGAAGGCUUUCCAUCACCCCCUCCAUUCUCGAGGAAGGCCACUCCGGCCAUGCGAAGAGGAGCAGCCGUCCCUCCAGCGGCCACAGCAAGGAUAGCUUCCUGUCGUCCAGGCUGCCGGUUCCCAGAUAUCUUCGAGCCCCGUCGUUCUCCCUAUUGCUUCCAUUCCCACUGCCGUUCGCCGCCAAAUCCAAAUCUCCAUCUCCAUCUACAUCCGUCAACACGCUCCUCCUCAAAAACCAGCCCCAGUCCCCUUUCUUCACGCGGCUGCCGCUCGAGAUCCGCCUGGCCAUAUACCACCACGCCCUCGCCUGCCACCGCGUCCACCUCGUCCGAGUGCCCGGCAAAGUGGCCAGUUGCGCGUGUCCCGAGGGCGUCGAGGCGGGGUUCUCCUGCUUCGUGGGCGGGAGGGCCGACUAUGCGUGUCUGGCUGCCAGUUUCCGUCGGCCGGUGGUGGCCUAUGGCCCCGGGUCGUCGUCGGGCGCUGUCCCGUAUGAGCUGGAGGCGGCGCCCGUGGUGUUCGCGGACGGCGCGACGAGGGGCAUUGUGGGCGCUCUGGAUUUGUUGAGUGUUUGUCGGCGAGUGCACCUCACGUUCCAGAUGGACCUCAUCACCCUGCUCGCCCUCUCCAUCUCCAUCCCAAACCACCACCUGCGGGCGAUCACGAAGCUCGAGAUUAGCGGGCCCCCGCUCAACUACAUAGACUCCUGCUACCACCUCCAAUACCUGCCCUCCUUCCGCCACAUCCACCGGCCGUCCUCCACCAACUCUUCCUCCUCUUCCUCGUCCUCGUCCUCGCCCUCUUCCAACUCCCCCUCCCCUUCCCAUUCUCCCUCCCAUUCCCCCUCCCCCACAACCCCGCAACCCACCCUCUACAAAAUAAACCGCAAACUCACCUCCUUCACCCGCUACCGCGCCGGGGACAUCCCGAUCUACACGCCCCGCGCCCCCACGGCCUGGGACGAGGCCUGCACGCGCCUCCUCCCACGCCUGCCGGCCCUGCGCGAGCUGCGCGUCUCGCUCAAGCGGCCACGGACCACCCCGCCCCUCGGCCCGCGCUGCAUGUCGCGCGCCGCCGAGCGCUUCCUGCUCCGGCCCCUCGCGGACGGCUGGGACGGCUGCGGACAGCUGCUGCGCCUGCGCCUGCGCGUCUUUGAGGUGCGGGUCGAUUGGGCGGAGGGCUUGGAGGGGCAUGGCUGGGCGGAGAAGGGGGCGUGGCCUGUGGUGCGCGGGCGGCGGUUGUCGUCGUCGCCGGGUGAGGGUGAGGGUGAGGAUGAGGAGGAAGGGGAGGAGGGCGAGGAGGCAGAGGCAGAGGUAGAGAUGGUGGAUAUGUGGAGGCCCAGCGCGUUUCUGUUGGAGAGGGGCAGCCGAGCGGAGCUGCUGGCGAGGGAGGGGUGGGAGCCGUGGACGGACGAGCGGUGGGAGUCGUAUUUGGUGGAGACGAAGGCGGGGGCGGGGGAGGGCGAGGACGGUGUAGUUGCAGGUGCAGGUGCAGAUGGAACAGGGAGACUAUGGCAGGACGCGCCGUUUACGGUGAUCCGGUCAUGGGAUGAGGGCGAUGAGGGGGGAUAG